UGUUAUUCGCGAUAGGUUGCGCACAAGAGGAAGACAUUUGUCAACCUAUUCCCAUAAAGUGAAACAUCUCUUUGAAAUGAACCGAAAAGGAUUGAGAAAUUCGACGCUUUGCAUAAAGAUGGAAUCAUACAGAAUUAAAUUCAAAAAACGACUGCCAAUAUAAAAUGAAACAGACAGUCGAAGAAAAUCAGUUGACGAGCUCAUCCUUUCGAGAACACAUCCACAAACAUGAACGUCUUCAUCUUCACGGUGUUAUGCUCGAUGACAUCAAUAGCGAUCGGUCAAGAUGACUCAGCUUGGCAGGAACCUGCUUCGGGACGUGAUUCAAAGGUCGAAUAUGGUCCCGCACCUGUUAGGGCUCCACCUUCUGAACCCAUCGUUGUCACCAUUCCCACCACUGCCAAAGCCACUGCUACCGCAUAUUCUGCUGCCCUAGUUCAAUCUGCCUCAGCAGGGCCAGUCAAGUUCCCGGAGCAGACAUCAGCACCAAAGCCCUUAAUGCCUUACAGUUUCGAAUAUGGAGUGAAUGAUGACGCGAUCGGCUUGGAUUUCGGACACAAGGAGAGCAGUGACGGUGCAAUCGUCACGGGGACGUAUUACGUUUUACUGCCCGACGGACGUAUGGAAACCGUCAAUUUCAAAGCUGAUGGCAAUGGAUACGUGGCAGAAGUUUCCUAUGAUGGAGAGGCCAAAUAUGAUGCUGUCCAAACUCAGCAAUUCAGUGGAAUUACAUCAGGUACUUCCGGACAGUUGCAAGCUUCGUCCAAUUCCGGUGCUUUAUCAACACCUGGUUCAUCCAAUCGUCCUCCACCACCGCCUUUCAUCCCUAGUGGUGCACCUAAAGAACCUACACCGCCUUUCAUCCCUAGUGGUGCACCUAAAGAACCCACACCGCCAGCCACUGUUCCAGUAAAAGCUCCACAAGUAUCCGUUCCAGUUUGGCCGGCUGUUAAUCCGCCGGUGAUCCCUAAGGCUCCUGUUGUUGGCCCUACUCCUUCUGUUGUUCCUGCCACUCCUGCUUUUGUUAAUGCCCCUCCUCCUGUUCCAGUGUAUGGUCCGGAUCCAGCUUCAAACUGGGCACCGGGUUCGUCUCAAUUAUCCCUGAGUGAAACGGGCGUUUUUCCGCUGAAAAAUCAGAGGCUCGUCUCCAUGUUUGACCGUGAAUAA